GAACCAUCCGCGCGAGCAUCCGAACCAUUUAUCGUUCAUUAAUCCUUGUGAGAAAGCAACAUCUAUAUUCCAGACCACACGUAUUCCGAGAAACAGAAAGGAAAGCUAUUCAGAGACCAGAAAGUCGUAUACCAGAAGUGUUCCGGGUCCCACGUCGUGCCUCUGGACCAGAACAAGAAGUGGUGUCUGUCGUAUUUCACCUGCCUGAACAGAAGCUAAACAUUUUCCACGUCAGUGUCAUUUCCCUGACCUGUCUUCCUGAUGGGACAAACACACCUGCCUCCUUGUCAAGCGCAUGAAAUGGACCAGAGGAGGUCAUGCCAGGCCAUUCUCUCUACAAAGCGCAAACAGCCAUCCAUCAUGCCACUGAAGAGAAACACAGGUCUCAUGAUACUGAUGCUGUGUACUCUGGCUCUGUGGGCCAAGUCAGUCAGUGCUGGCUCCAGCUUCCUCAGCCCCUCCCAGAAACCACAGGUAAGACAGGGUAAAGGGAAGCCCCCUCGAGUUGGUCGGCGAGACAUUGAGAGCUUUGCUGAGCUGUUUGAGGGUCCCCUUCACCAGGAAGACAAACACAAUACGAUCAAGGCUCCUUUUGAGAUGGGCAUCACCAUGAGUGAGGAGGAGUUCCAGGAGUAUGGUGCCGUGCUGCAGAAGAUCCUGCAGGACGUCCUGGGAGACACUGCCACUGCAGAAUGAUCACAACUUGGCAUAGACACGGAAUACAAAGAACCUCCAUUCCCUGUUCUCCAACUUUCUCAACUUGUCUUAUACCCGAUGUACUGUGUGAACAUCGUUUGAAUUGUAAAAGAUGAAUAAAAUAACA